UGGGUUCGAUGGUAGAUCGAUUUAUAAGGUCAAUUUAAAAAAAAAAAAAACCAUCUUGGGGCAAUUUGAUUCUCUUUCUUUAUCUUACAUCACAUUGCACCGUUCAAUACAAAUACAAGAAUUUUAUUUAUUACUCAACACUUAAUUGCAAGCAUUCUCUCUUCUUCUAAAACACAAAGAAAAAAAACAAGAAAAUCAAACCCCAAAUAACCUACGCACUAGGGUUUUUUCCCCCCUCAGGCUGCUCACAAAAAAAAAAAAAAAUCAACCUUUUUUCACUAUUUGCCAUUCUAGAGUUCUUUUUUUAUUGAUUACUUCACUAAUAAUUUCUUAAUCUUUGCCAGUUACUUGAAACAUCCAUAAUUCUUUAAACCCAUUUUUCCCUUCCUCAAUUUGGUUAAUUAAAGUUCCCAUCUUUGCUGCCCUAAUUUUCGAAUUUUGUAUUUUCUCUUACACUCUUUGAGGUUUAAAUUUCUGGGUUUUUUCCAAUUUCGCAAGGCAAGAACUUGGAGAGAUUAUGAAUGGGUUUUAGGAUGAUAGCAGAGAAACCUGGUUGGAUUAGGCAUGGUGGCACACAGAUCUUCUCCAUUGAUAUUCAGCCCGGCGGCCUCAGGUUUGCCACCGGCGGUGGCGAUCAUAAGGUCCGUGUUUGGAACAUGAAAUCCGUCGGCAGAGAACUGCAUGCUGAUGACGCAGCGUCGAAUCUUCUCGCAACUCUUCGCGACCAUUUCGGUUCAGUUAACUGUGUUAGGUGGGCCAAGCAUGGCCGAUACAUCGCAUCUGGCUCAGACGAUCAAGUUAUUCUCGUUCACGAGAGAAAACCAGGUUCGGGUACUACCGAAUUCGGUAGUGGAGAGCCGCCCGAUGUUGAAAACUGGAAAGUUGCUAUGACUCUGAGAGGGCACACUGCCGAUGUGGUCGAUCUUAAUUGGUCUCCCGACGACUCGACAUUGGCCAGUGGCAGUCUUGAUAAUUCGAUUCAUGUUUGGGAUAUGAGUAACGGUAUCUGUACAGCUGUUCUUCGCGGGCAUUCUAGUCUGGUCAAAGGUGUGGCGUGGGACCCGAUUGGUUCGUUUAUAGCUAGCCAAUCAGAUGACAAGACUGUCAUAAUCUGGCGAACGAGUGAUUGGAGCCUUGCCCAUAGAACAGACGGUCACUGGGCUAAAUCCCUGGGGUCCACGUUCUUCAGGCGGCUCGAUUGGUCACCCUGCGGUCAUUUUAUAACUACCACACAUGGGUUUCAGAAACCGAGGCAUUCUGCUCCUGUUCUUGAGAGAGGAGAAUGGUCCGCCACUUUUGACUUUUUAGGACAUAAUGCUCCGAUUAUUGUUGCUAGGUUCAAUCAUUCGAUGUUUAGACGGAGUUUCUCAAAUUCCCAUGAUGUAAAGACUUCAUCUGCUGGCUGGAGUAACGGUUCUUCAAGGACUGAAGGGAAAGACUUACAGCCGUAUAAUGUUAUUGCAAUCGGAAGUCAAGACCGCACCAUAACUGUGUGGACCACCGCGAGUCCUCGUCCGCUGUUUGUGGCCAAGCAUUUCUUUACUCAAAGCGUGGUGGAUUUGACCUGGAGCCCCGAUGGUUACUCGUUAUUUGCUUGUUCAUUGGAUGGAACAGUGGCGACAUUUCAUUUCGAUGCGAACGAAAUAGGCGAAAAGUUGACCGAUUCCGAAUUGGACGAUCUGAAAAAAAGUCGGUACGGUGAUGUAAGAAGCCGACAAGGGAACUUAGCCGAAACGCCAGCUCAGCUACUGCUCGAAGCAGCAGCAACCGCAAAGCAAACACCGAGCAAAAAAACGAGCACCUUUGCCAUGGAAAAUCAGACAUCAUCCUUAAAAUCCUCAGUCGAUUCAGUGGUUGUCACAACAAAAAUCAAGAAGACUAAUGAUAUCAAUAAUGAUGGAAAGAAAACCGAAGAUGCUAUAGUUGAUGGUUCGAAUAAAGUGGGCCAGGCCCGAAUUUCGAGCCCCGUAAAGCAAAAGGAGUACAGACGACCCGAUGGUCGGAAGAGGAUAAUUCCGGAAGCAGUUGGUGUGACAGAUCAUCAAUCCGAAGCUAUCGAAUUAUUACCACCUGUGAAUACCUUCAAUAAUCAUGACAAGAACGAUAAUGGAACAGUGCGGAGAGUUAUUAGUGGGGCCCACGAGCGCUCGGGUGUCACAGCUAGGGCCUCUGUUAGUGACAGCUUGGUGAUUGAGAAAAUCCCGGCUAGUGGAAGUAAAGAAACGAAUAGAAACGUCGAACAGAUUGGUAGUGUGGCAUCUGGUGGGAAUAUUCUUUCGAUAAGAGUGUUUGAUAAGAAACGAGGGGAUGAUGCUUUGCCUGUUUGCUUGGAAGCUCGUCCGAGAGAGCAUGCGGUUAGUGAUAUUGUGGGAGCUGGAAGUACAUUUGUGAUUAAGGAAACGGAACUUUCUUGCACACGAGGGUCUGAAAAUCUUUGGUCUGAUAGAAUAUCUGGGAAAGUUACUGUCUUGUCUGGAAAUUGUAAUUUUUGGGCUGUUGGUUGUGAAGAUGGAUCCCUCCAGGUAUAUACGAAAUGUGGGAGGCGGGCCAUGCCGACUAUGAUGAUGGGGUCCGCAUCGGUAUUUAUUGAUUGUGACGAAUUGUGGAAACUAUUGCUCGUGACUAGAAAAGGGUCCGUUUAUGUCUGGGAUAUUUUUAACAAGAAAUGUCUACUUCACGAUUCUUUAAUUUCACUGAUAACACCAGAUAUGAAUCCAACGAUAAGGAUACUGGUAAGUCAUAAAAGGGACUCUUCUUGAUAUUUUCUUGCAGGUACAAUAAAAGUUAUAUCAGUGAAGCUAUCGAAAUCCGGUUCUCCACUAGUUGUACUGGCCACACGCCAUGCCUAUCUAUUCGAUUCGAGUCUUAUGUGUUGGCUGAGAGUGGCCGACGAUUGUUUUCCCGCCUCGAAUUUUGCUAGCUCGUGGACUUUGGGUUCUACUCAUGGCGGUGAGCUGGCGUCGUUGCAAGUUGAUGUCAGAAAAUUUCUUGCUCGAAAACCAGGAUGGACCAGAGUGACUGAUGACGGGGUGCAGACACGUGGGCAUUUGGAAGCUCAGCUGGCAUCCGCAUUGUCUUUGAAUUCUCCUAAUGAAUAUAGACAAUCCCUUUUAUCGUACAUUCGGUUUUUAGCAAGGGAGGCAGAUGAGUCACGUUUACGGGAAGUUUGCGAGAGCUUUCUUGGACCUCCUAUUGGAAUGUCCGAAUCUGGAUCGGAUCUCAAAACACCUGCGUGGGCCCCCCUUGUACUCGGAAUGAAUAAGCAUAAGCUCCUUCGAGAGGAUAUUCUCCCAGCUAUGGCAUCAAACCGCAAAGUUCAAAGGUUGCUUAAUGAGUUCAUGGAUCUCCUGUCUGAAUACGGGACCACCGAAACAACCGUAAAACCGACGAAUCAAACAUCUCAGAAAAACUCUGUCCAAGAACAAGUCGUCUGUGCCGUUGAUCUUGCAUCGGAGAAAAACGAUCCAAUGGACACAGAAACACCUAUAGCAAAUCAAGUGGAAACCGCGCCACAAAUAUCUCAGCAGAUGGAUUUGGAUAUUCCUGCGUCAGAUCAUUCGAAUAAAGCGGGGCCCGCAGCAAAUUAGAAGGAUUAAUUUUUUUAAUUUUUUUUUAUGGGGAGUUAUUUCGAGCGUGUUUCUUGUACGAUAGAUAAGCUGAUUUUGCAUGUAUAUGUAGAGUGAGUUGCAUUCAGCUCCCGUUUUCGAAUAUGUUGUAAAGUAA